ACUCCAACAACAACCACUCCCACAACAGCAACCACUCUAACAACAACAACCACUCCAACAACAUCAACUACUACUCCAACAACAACAAAUUCCCUCACAACAACAACCACUCUAACAACAACAACAACCACUCCAACAACAAGCACCACACCCACAACAACACCAACUACCACUCAAACAACAAUUUCCACCAUUCCAACAACAACCAACAAACCGAAAACAACCACUUCACGUACAACAACAACAGCCACCCAAACAACAACCACCACAACCAACACACCAACAAUAACCACCACACCAUCCAUCGAACAUUCAACAACCGCCAAAUUAACAACACAAUCACCAACAUUCAUGAAAAUAACCACCAUUCCACCAUCAACAACUGCAAAACCGCCAACGACUUCCCAAACAACCACCACAAAACCCACAGCUACUGCUUCGCAAUCAACAGCCAUACCACUAACAACAACUCCUUUCAUGAAAAGAUCUACCCCAAGAAUAACCAUCACAACUAUAACAAUUCAUAAAAAUGAAGAAGGAAGUCGAAGUAUAUUGGUUCUAGGUCAAGUCUCACAAGCCAAGCUUCAGGAACUCAAAAAAGAAAUAUUGAAUCUCAUCCAUCAACAGAAUCCUAAAUCUGUAGAUUCUCAGUUUUUGGAGAUAAAACUUAUUCAAGUUGCUGUUUUACAUAACAUCACCAAGGAACCGGUCACAAAGAUCCUGUAUACAUAUAGCUGCACGCAAUGUGACCUUCAAGAUGAUCAGGUCAAGGACAGUGUCAAGUCCGCCCUUCAGAUGUUUAACCUAAGGGAAUAUCAGGCGGAAACCACAGACAAAAAAGCCGUUGAUUCUGAUAAAGACAAUACUGGUAUGUUGGUUGGCGUGGGAGCGGCCAUCUUGUUGGUCUUAGUAAUCACUUCCUUUGGCGUCUGGCACUACAAAAGAAAGAUGCACAAGCGAUCUAAAGUGAAAGAGAUGGAACUUGAAAUGAAUGGUCACACUAAUAGAGGACUAAACAUUGGUGAUUCAGAGGACGUGGCUACCUUCAGGAACCCUGACUACAAUUCAAACCGUAGGUACAAGGAGCCGAAUGGUCAUUAUAAACUCUAGGAAUCACCUGAAGUUUUCAGUUGCCAUACUUACCCUCUCCUACUCAGUGAUUGCAGGUCAUGAUGAUACUGGCCACCUAACUAGAUAUACACCCUCUUACACACAUCUUCCCAAGUCAAGGGUUUCUGCCCCGCUCCUCUCUCACAUAAACCCUUGAUCGAACUGGCAUAUUUUGACUGGAUAGAAACCCAGCUCACUGGUUAGUGUCAUUAAAGUCUACAUGAUCCAGUAAGAAAUGUUGUUUCAUGAUUGAUGUUAAUGGGAAGAUGUCUUACACACAACACUGCCAGUUCAAACAAUUGUGAAUGAAGUUUUAUUUCUAUGUGCAAUUACUACUUUGAAGAUAAAUCAAGUUAUAUUGUGUUCUUUGAACUAGCUUGAUAAGCAUUCAACAGCAUAAUUGUGUUCUAUUUGUAUUAUUUUAGGAGGAGUAUACAUAUUAUAUAUGCUGCCAUAAAUACUCAUGUUAUGUCGUAGUAACUUUAGUACUUAUCAGUUGUCAUUAUAACUCAAAUAUAUUGUGAUUGUUGUUUUUUAUGCUUUAGGCUGUUUUUGUUUGAUGAGUUUUUGUGCCUGCAUUAGCCACUUUUGUUAAAAAUUCCACUAUUUCACGCAAUAUAUAUGAUAUGUAUAUACAUGUAAUUUAUGUACCGGUGUUAUUUUGUCAUUUUAUUGUAGUUGUGAAAGUGUUGUCAUUAUUAAAUUCUUCAUUUGGAACACCAA